UUUGCGCCUGGCAGUGGGAGUGUUUCACCUCGAUGGGGGGGUGGGGGUGGGGUGGGGGCGGGGAGUGCCUGUCAGAGGACGACUCAGACCUUGGCCGAGGUGCUGCUUCCCCGAGGUCAUCCUGGUCUCCUGGUGCGCCCCGCGCAGGGAGAACAUCUUCCGACACCUUGAAUCCUGGCACUUGUGACAUGGACUCUGCCACCUUGGAAGAUGUGGCUGUGGGGCUCCUCCAGAAGUGGGCGUUGUUGGAUGGUGUGCAGAGGAGCCUGUGGUCCUGGACAAACACAGGACCCUGGCCUGCAUGGAUUUGGAAUCCCAACUCAACGCCAAAGAGCUGGCUUCUCUUCAGGAGAGUUUGGAAAACCCAUCAUUGAAGAACAUGCACAUGCUUUGCCUGCUCAGGACUCCACCUGUCUCCAAGUGGAAGAAGCCGGAGCUCAUGGGUCGCCAGCUCCCUGUUCCUGGAAACCACUCACCUUUACGGAUGUGGCUGUGAUGUUUAGUCCAGAAGAAUGGGUGUUUUUGGAUUCUGCUCAGAGAAGUCUGUAUAGAGAUGUGAUGCUGGAAAACUACAGCAACCUGGCCUCCAUAGAUCAACUAUGCAAAACCAGCACAGUAUCCUAUAUGGAGAAAAGAGAAGAGCUGUGGAGCAUCAAGAGAGGAAUCUUCUCAGAGCCACAACUUCAACCCCAAGAGUCAAUUGCAAGCCAAGAUAUUUUUGCAGAGAUUCUGUCCAUUGGCAGGAAAAGGGACCAACUUCAGUGUAGAGAAAAACUCUACAAAUAUACAACAUUGGGAAAACCAUUUAGCAGUGUACAACCACUUUGUCACUACCAGGGAGUUUUUGCUGGAGAGGCCUCCUAUGAAAAUCAGGAGAACAAAAAAUCCUUCUUCCAGGAUGCUCCUGUAAUGACACCUGAAAAAAUACAUAGCAUGGAGAAAACCUAUGCAUGCAACCAGUGUGAAAAGUCCUUUCAAUACAGCUGUGAUCUCAUGAGGCAUGAGAAAACACACACUGCAGAAAAGUUCUUUGAGUGCCAGAAGUGCAGGCAAGCCUUUAAGUAUUCUUCAAACCUACGGCGGCACCUAAGGACCCAUACUGGAGAGAAGCCCUUUGAAUGUGGUCAGUGUGGGAAAACCUUCACCAGGAAUUUCAACCUGGUUUUGCAUCAGAGGAAUCAUACAGGAGAGAAACCCUAUCUGUGUAAGAACUGUGGGAAAGCAUUCAAUCAACCAUCAUCUCUCAGGAGCCACAUGCGAACACACACUGGAGAAAAGCCCUUUGAAUGCAGCCACUGUGGGAAAGCAUUCAGGGAGCACUCAUCACUUAAGACACAUCUGCGUACCCACACAAGGGAGAAGCCCUAUGAGUGCAACCAAUGUGGGAAACCCUUCCGCACUAGCACACACCUGAAUGUGCACAAGAGAAUCCACACUGGGGAGAAGCUAUAUGAGUGUGGGACCUGUGGGCAGGUCUUGAGUCGCCUUUCUACCCUGAAGAGUCAUAUGCGAACUCACACUGGGGAGAAGCCCUACACCUGCCAGGAAUGUGGGCGGUCCUUCAGUGAGCCCUCAUCCCUCAGGAAACAUGCAAGAACUCACACUGGGAAGAAGCCAUAUACCUGCCAGGAAUGUGGGCGGGCCUUUGGGCAGUCUUCACACCUCAUAGUGCAUGUGAGAACCCACAUGGUAGGGAGACCCUACCCAUGUAAUCAGUGUGAGAAAGCCUUCAGGCAAAGCUCAUCACUCACUCUGCACAAGAGGACUCACAGUGGGCAAGAGAGCACCAAGCAAAGUGGCCUCUCCUUGUCAGUGUCUCAGACCUGCACUGGUUUCCUUGGCAGUUGACAUCCUGUUUUAUAAAAAUAUAAACAUUUUGGACUACCUUGUUUCUUAUGAUACAUAUUAACCUGUAUUUGUUUCAU